AUGCUCCGUUAUCUUGUCGCUGGUCUCGCCCUCACCUCUGUAGCCUUCGCCCAGAACAACACCAAUGUCCAAAUCAACGACAUCGUCGAUGCUCUCUCAGUGACGACCCACUCUAUCCUUCCAGGGAUCUUGGUCCAGAUCGGCAACCACACCGCUAACACUGAGCUUACCGGUGGCUCCCUCGACGACCUGAUCACCGCCUUCGACAACACCACAAGCGCACUGAAUGCAACUGCUCCCAGCGCCGGUGACAACACCACGUCGCCCACCAACGACGAUAUCAGCGUUAACUUCGCCGGUGUUCUCUCUAACACGGCCUCUACGCUCUCCGUCAUCACCAGCGACAUCGUGUCCAACUUCUCGGCCUACACCGCUGCGCUCGACGAUUCCAUCUCUGCCACGACCCUGCAGCUCAACGAGACUUUGCCCAACAGCCUGGGGCUCGUUCACGAUCUUAUGAUCGACGCGAGACAGUUCUUCGGCAAGCAGAACAUGUCGCAGACCCUCGUCGCCUUGGGUUUCCCACCCACCGCUUCUUCUCCUCAACCCGAGCCUCCUCAGUAG